CAAUAGAAAAACUGAUUUUCCAGCCCAGCAGGCUCGAGCUCUACCCUACACCUCACCAAUACGCAGGGAAGGCGUGUGGGUCUUGUCCCAGCUGCUACGGCAGAGCGCACGGCCUACGUUGUCCACUUAGGACACCAGGGCCGCGCUUGGGGCUGAGUUGCGGGCGAGUUUAAAACAGGAGACCGCAGCAGGAAGAUGGCGGCUCGGCCGCGGCGGCCUCGGCCACGUUGUGCAAAGUUGUCCCGAGAUGACUUUUGUGACGGCGCUAAGGAAGUGAUCGACGAAACCUCUCUUACCACCUCCAUGGAGUGGGACACGCAGGUGGUGGAGGGGUCCUCGCCACUUGGUCCGACGGGACAUGUGGCGAAGGAACCCCCAACCAGCCCGCUGCUGCCGUCGUGGCUGCAGCCCGAGAGAUGCGCGGUGUUCCAGUGCGCGCAGUGCCACUCUGUGCUCGCGGAUUCGGUGCACCUCGCCUGGGACCUGUCGCGUUCCCUCGGGGCCGUGGUCUUCUCUAGAGUCACAAAUAACGUCGUUUUGGAAGCGCCCUUCCUGGUUGGCAUUGAAGGUUCGCUCAAAUGCAGCACUUACAACCUUUUAUUCUGUAGUUCCUGUGAGAUUCCCAUUGGAUUUCAUCUGUACUCCACCCAUGCUGCUUUGGCUGCCUUGAGAGGUCACUUCUGCCUUUCCAGUGAUAAAAUGGUGUGUGGUACCAUGGAAUUAUUCAGAAGAUAUUCUUUCAUUAAACAAAAUCCAAGAAGCUAUCUCUUAAAAACAAGAGCUAUAGUAAGUGCAUCUGAAAUGGAUAUUCACAAUGUGCCUCUAUCAGAAAAGAUUGCAGAGCUGAAAGAGAAGAUAAUGUUAACGCAUACUCACUUAAAUUCAUUAAUGAAGAUUCUGAAUGAAGUGACUCCCAACCAGUCCAAGCCAGAAAACUGAACCAAGCCUUGAAUUUCAGCUUCAGACUUUUUUGCUAUCAACAGACUGUUCAGUCAUUUCUUUAAAAAAAGUCUUCAAGAACAGGAUGGGGACUGGGAUUGUAGCUCAGUGGUAGAGCUCUUGCCUACCAUGUGUUAAGCACUGGGUUUGAUCCACAGCACCACAUAAAAAUUUAAAAAAUGAAGGUAUUGUGUCCAUCGUAAACUUUUUUUUUUUUUUUUAAUGGGAUGGGGGUGGAGAUUGAGACUGGAAAAUGUGAUUUAUUAUGUUUACCUCUAGGCCAAUUUUCCAAAUUAGUUUUGAAGUUGUUCUUAGAUGAGAAAUUAAGGAGUCUUUUGUCCAGGUUUCAUAGCUGUAUCCUUAAGAACUGAUUUCAUAAUACUUAUGUUCAAAAACAUCUUACACUCCAAAUGUAGGUAUUAAGAUAUAAUAUCCCACAUGUCCUGAGAUAAAGAUGCACAGUUGAUUUGAAAAUACAACUAGACUUUAAUGUUGACUACUGGUAUUCCUACAUGGAGCAACUGUUAUAUGAAUACUGAUGAAGCAUUUUUUAUGUUAAAUGCAGAUAAAUAAUAUUCUAUAGGUAAUAUUUAACAAAUUGCAUAAUGUAGUUAUCUCUUUAUUGUUGUAAACUAAGCUUAAUGAUAAUAAUGAUCGAAAACAUCAAAGUACUGAUGGCUGUCUGUUCCACUGGAGAACACAUACCAGAAACUGCCACAAGUAUGCAGAUUGUUUGUCCUUUGACAGUACAGGCCAAUGUCAGAAUAGGCCUAGGAAAGUCUCCUUUUACCAUCACAAUUUUCAGCAUUAGAUGAAAAUUACCAUUUCAAAUAACAGAUAACACAAUGAAAUUUCAGUGCAUUCUCAGCCCAUGCUGCUUUAUUGCUAAAAAAUAUACAUAUACACAGGUGCAGAGUUUCCAACUCUUAAAACAGUUCCUUUUUACAACAAGGAAUAAAAUUUCUUCUUCAAAGCUCCCAAAGAUGCAUAGAUUAAAAAGCAAGCUGCCUUUUGUAAUACUUCAAACAUAAUAAAAUCCUUUAACAUCUUAUAGACCAAUGGUACAAUGGAAUACAUAGAAUAGCAAGUAAACACAGUGAUCGACUCCUGUAUUUAGGGGACAGUAAAUAAACUAUUCAGAAGGGCACACUAAUAUCCUGAAACUUUAAUUACAAAGAUGAGUGUAGUUUUAAGAUAAAUGCCAAGAUUAAUGCUACUAAUACUGUUGUUUAAAUUUUGAUAUCAUUGCCAGAAUAUCUUCCUUACCCUUGGGAUGAAGAAAAAAAAUAAAUUUUUUUUGGAGGCCCUGGGGAUUGGACCCAGCUAUUCAGGCAUGCUAGGCAAGUGAUCUACCAUUGAGCUAUACCCCGGCGCCCCAAUUUUUUUUUUUUUU